CAGCGGCGCCUAGUGGUAGACGUAGUAACUUACAACUGAACAUAGCAUCCUCAGCUGUCACUUUUAUCACAUCACAUACAAACGCCUGGUCCUUUUUUGCCUAUGCACGUGAAUAUCAGGUUAUGAGUUCUUGACAUCAGCAGGAAUGCCCGAAUAAAUCCGGCAAAAAAGUGCGAUGAGUCGUCGCCGGCGAUUCAUCAUAAAAUCACAUUCAGCGGUGUUUGCAGUCCUGAACACACCCCACUAAGUACCCCGAUAUUGUUCAGGGGAAAUAAUGGCUGCACAGGAACCGUCUCCACCGUCUUCCCUGGAAGGCAACAAACCGGGCUUCCCAAAGAAAAUUUUGGCCAACAACCUCGAAGACAAGCAUUUGUGCAAUUCAUGCCAGAAAAUUCUGAGAAGGCCCUUGCAAGCCCAAUGUGGUCACCGCUUUUGUUCGUUCUGUUUCAACAAAAUUGUGAGUUCCGGACCACAGAAAUGCAGUGCUUGUAUCAAAGAAGACUUAUUUGAGGAACCCACCUCUAUUCUCAAGCAAGGUGGUGCUUUCCCAGACAAUGCAGCCCGAAGAGAAGUUGAGGCCUUGGCAGCUGUCUGUCCCAAUGAGGGUUGCACAUGGACGGGAACUAUCAAAGAAUUUGAGGCUAGCCAUGAGGACAGCUGUGACUUCAUGAUCAUCCUGUGUCCUUCCUGUAAAGAGCUGAUGAGAGCCAAUGAACAGGAACGCCACAACGAGAGAGAAUGUCCAGAAAGGACACUCAACUGCAAAUACUGCAAAGAACCCUUCCUGUUGAAGAACAUCAAGGCUCAUGAUGAAAUCUGUCCAAAGUACCCAAUGAUUUGUGAAGGUUGUGCAAAGAAAAAGAUUCCCAGAGAGAAGUAUGUGGACCAUAUUAAGUUCUGCAGUAAAUUUAAAGCACCAUGCAGAUUUCAUGUUGUUGGCUGCGAUACGUCUGUGGAGAAAGAGAAGAUUCAUGACCAUGAGCGGCAGUGUUCCUAUGAACACCUCAACUUGCUCCUGCAUUUCAUCAUGGGCAUCAAGGUGAGCCUGGAGAGCCUGCAGCCCCAGAGCCUGGAGGUAGCCAGCCACAAGCUGCAGGAACUCCACCAGUCCCUCAGGGACCUGGAGCAGAAGAUGAGCCAGCUGAGUGGCGGUGGUGCAGCUCCCGUGCAGGGUGCGUGCGCCCCGACCCUGGCCACCUCUUUCACCCCGCUGCCCAGCGCCAUGGGUGCUGCCCUGGAACUGCAGCUCCAGAGCGAAAAGACCAAGGUGGCAGAGCUGAGCCGGCGCUGCCAGGAGCUGGAGCUCAAAGUUAGCACAUUCGAGAACAUCGUCUGCGUCCUCAACCGAGAGAUGGAGCGCUCCUGCACCACCAUGGAGGCCUACAACCGUCAACACCGACUGGACCAGGACAAGAUCGAGAUCCUGAACAACAAGGUUCGUCAGCUGGAGAGGACUGUGAGUCUGAGAGAUCUGUCCAUCGUGGAGAUGGAGGGGAAAAUGAGGGAGAUGUCUGCAGCCACGUAUGAAGGCAUCUUUGUUUGGAAGAUCUCGGAUUUCACCAAGAAGAGGCAGGAUGCCGUGGCCGGCCGUGCCCCUGCAAUGUUCUCUCCUGCCUUUUAUACCAGUAAAUAUGGCUACAAGAUGUGCUUACGAAUCUACCUGAAUGGUGAUGGGACAGGCCGCGGCACCCACUUGUCUCUGUUCUUUGUGGUGAUGAGAGGACACAGCGAUGCACUCCUCAAGUGGCCUUUUAACCAGAAGGUCACCCUAAUGCUGCUUGACCAGAACAACAGGGAGCACAUAAUCGAUGCCUUCCGGCCCGACAUCUCCUCCUCGUCUUUCCAGAGGCCUGUCAGUGAUAUGAACAUCGCCAGUGGCUGUCCGCUCUUCUGUUCGCUCUCCAAACUGGACUCUAAAAACUCCUACAUACGCGACGACACCAUCUUCAUCAAGGCCAUUGUAGACCUCACUGGACUCUAGGCAAAAGCUGAGGGCAGAAAUCCAACCUUGCCUUUUGUGGUUACUAACCUGUUUAAAUCAACAGGCUUUUGUAUCACCUGUAAGUGGCAUUUGUCUUUGGGUUCUGUCUAGUCUUUUGGUUUUGGUAUGAAUUGUUGGCGGCAAUAUGCGAGACUAGAGCAGGAAACUUAACUUCUUCUGGCCAAUGGUCACAGUGGAUGUGGGUUUGCAAAACCUUCUUAACCACUGUACUCUUUUACCAAUCAAACUGAGUUUUCAUUCGACAAAAACAUUUGAUUACCUACAAGAGUGUGUGGAGGAGUUAAUACAAUACUGAAUAUGUGCCAAUAUUAGGCUGGUGAUAGGUGUUAAUUUCCUGCCCUGCAGAAGAGACACACAGCAUUUGAAUUGAUAGAAGCAUUCCAAGAUCUAGGUAGAAUAUUAUACUUGUGAAACAACUAGAAGAGUAUGACAUUUUCUAUAAUCCCUAGUGAUCAUCCUAUAGCUUCCUGUACCAUAGUUGAGGCUCACACAAUCAGUUUUACACAGGAAAAUUACCAGAUUUUUUUUAAAGGUGUAAACUCAGAGGUUUAUACUCAUUUCACAAGGAUUUUAUCUCCAUUCACAUUCAAAUGUUGUUUUAAGCUGCAAGUAAAUAAGGUCCUCCUGUGACAAAAGUCAGAUAUUGCUGCUAGUCACUAGUUAAAGCCCAAAAUAACUGAGUCUUAACUAGAAGCUAGCAUAACUACCAUAUCGCGAGUCCCACAAAAUAAUAAGAGCCGUAUUAAUCUUGUUUGGCUGCUUGGUGCUGAACUCCACAAAAAGCUAAAAAUGACACAUUUGAUAACUGGCGUUGAAAGGUUGAUAUGGCUAACAUGUUAGCAAACUACUACUUAUUUAGUAAAAUAUAAAAUUAAAAAUAGUAGAAUGAGAGAUCAAUGGGAGUUGUGGCUCUAGCAACCAGAGAAAGAGGAUUCCACUAUUAACUCUCCCGUUUUAGCUCUGUUUUAGUCUCCACCAACUCCUGAGGAAAAUAUUUGGCUCUUUUAGCUUGCUAGUUACUAUGUUCGCCAGCUAAACGCUAAUUUUGUCUGCCAUUUAGUACUGAGCCGGUUGCGUAGAGUUGGGUUAUCAGUUGGGUUAUUUCACUGACAACGGUUGUCCUCUGCUGCUAGGUACCAGGUGGAUGAAAGAGGUUAAACAGAAUCAGAAUGUGAAAAUUGUGGGUCGUACAAUCAAAACAGCUAGCUAAAAGAUGAUCAAACGUAGACAUGAGUGGAAACCUCAGAAUCUGAUUAUAAUUCUCUCUAGGUAUGUCACUAUGAGUAACUCUCUGAAAUUACAUAUAGUUAUAUGGACUAUUGUUAAUUUAAGAAUAUUGAUAGUGCAGCUUAAAAAAAAAAAGUCAAACUAUAAAUUGCUUGUUAUGCAAAGUUUAUUUCUGUUAUUUGACUUUCACCUGGGUUUUUAUAUUAUAUUUUGUAUAUUUAAAGUUUGAAAUUUCAAACACCAACACAUUUCCAUUUAAAAAAAAUUAAAAACAGAAAAUACUGAGCCAUGAAAAAACAAGCUAUGUAGAUUAAACAGCCAACAGGCACAGCGAUAGAUCAAGCAGGUCUAGGCGGUUGUGCUGACUGUUGGCUUGUACUGCCUGACAUUUGAUUAAUUGAUUAUUUUUGUUAACUGCGUUUUUUGCAUUUAGAAAUGUGGAGUUCCAGUGUGACGCCCAUGUAGCCUUCAGAGUAUUGCUCAGCUUUGCACACAGUUUGUAGUGCAGUUGUAAUUUUUUAACGUGUUUAUGGUUUCUUAACAUCUAUGCCUCCAACUCUCAAGUCCUGUAUUCAUUGGUCAUUUGUCGUGGUGAACAUUGUUUGAAUUCCAUGAAUUCUGAGUGUAGUACUUCAUUUGUGAGUGUUGUUUUUGUGUGUGCGUGUGUGCGCGUGCGUGGGUGUGUGUGUACUGUUCCAUUUCUUUGCUGUGAUUUGCAGUUUUAGUUUCAUGUUGGAUCUGUGGAAGAUACACUGUAGCUUACAACAGUUUCUGGGUUUUGUGUCCAAGAAACCUUAACAGUGAUGGUGGUCAGGCUGAUUUGCCCAAGUGGAAAUAUGACGUAUUUUAUUACAAAUAAAACAUAUAUUUGCA